CGAGGUCUGGAUGUAAGCGAAGGAGAGGAGGCCAAGCAAUGACUUAGUCUAGCGAAAUGAAAACCUUCACUUCGAAGUUGGUGUCGGUUGGUGCUUUUCGACUGCCGGGCUGGGGUCCAAAGGACAAUGAACACGUUAAUUUGAACACACUUGUUGAUAUGGUUAGGAACCGGCACCAAUGACGUUUAUGCUACUUUCGUCUUGGAGACUAUUCGUAAUGCGCUGUUCUGCGUCGCUUCUUUCUUCCGUUAAGGCCAUAAUUCUUGGUCCUCCUGGGUCUGGAAAAGGGACUAUCUCGAACAGAAUCAAAAAGGAUUUCCCUCUAAACUAUCUCAGCUCCGGUGAUAUCCUUAGGUCACACGUCGCAAACAAGACAAAGAUCGGGAUUGCGGCUUCGGAAUAUAUGUCAAAGGGUCUGUUGGUUCCUGAUGAAAUCGUCACUAAAAUGAUGCUGGGCGAGUGCUCAAAUUUUAGUGGAUCCAGUCUACUCUUGGAUGGCUUCCCUAGGACAAUUGAACAAGCUAAGUCUUUGGAUAAAGAAGUCAAUAUUACUUGUGUCCUCAACCUUGACGUCCCUUUCGACGAGAUCAUCAAUCGCGUUAAGUGCCGUUGGAUCCACCAGCCUAGUGGCAGGAUCUACAAUACGGAGUUCAAUCCGCCCAAAGUGCCCGGCAUUGAUGAUGUCACCGGUGAACCCCUAAUCCAACGCGAUGACGAUAAGCCGGAAGCGGUCCGAACCCGGUUGGAGGCUUACGGACGUGCGAUGCAACCACUGUUCGAUUACUAUCGAUCACGCAACCUGCUGCAUAACUUCAGAGGGCGCUACUCCAACGAACUUUGGCCUUUGGUACACAAAGCGUUUUCGCAAUACUUGAAACCACUACAGUACACGGAGUACAAGUAAAAUCUUGCUGUUUGCAUGGAGAGACUUCCAUUUUCCCCCGAACAAAUGUGUACGCACCUAGUCCCCAUCUUUCUAAAUAUUUUCCUUCCGGCUGUUUUUCGUUCUACAAGUUUCUGUAGGCUCUUUUGUCUGUCUUCAAAUAGAUUUGUCCGGAUGAUGAACCGCGUUGCUUUUUCCAUCUAUGAAAGUUUCGUUCCCAUGCGUUUGACGUGUUAUUCCAUUGUCACGUGCUUUGUUAUUCACCGACCGUGACUGUUUGCAGCUCCCGGAUACUUCCCGAAUUUGCUUUCAUGUCACAUCCAUGAUAGUUGAGAGCUUUGCGAGCAUCCGUUUCAGAGUUACUUUUUUCUUCGUGGGUUGAUUCGUUCGUCCUUUCACCAUGUAAUUUCGUCGCCCUGUGAGUACUUUGUUUUUCGUUCAUUCGCAUCCACACCGACUUAUAUGAUACCCUCCUAAUGACAAUCCAACUAACCAUACAACGGUCCUCUCUAGAAGACGCACAUCCAUCCGAGAUGUCGGUGGGUCUUAAGCCCUUGCUUUGAGUCUGAUCACGGUCUCGUAUACGCUUACAUUGCCCUCAUACCUUCUGCCUCAGCUAAUGCUCGGGUUUGAAGGUGUCUUUUCGCUAACUGUAUUCGCAAAUCUCGAAUCACCUAUGUCAAUAUGAAUUGCAUCUUCAGCUACCACUGGCGAAUAAGGUGGACGAGCCGAAUGCGGAGUAGAACUACCUUCAGCACACCAUGCGGAGACUGUCGCA